CUAUUUGAAAAGCCCGGAUGUACUUAUUCUGCCAUUUUGGGAGGGUUCACACGGAAGAGAGCGGCGACUGUAACAAAAACAAAGAGUCAUUAUCUAUUUCUGAGAGGACAAAUUCAACAAAGAAGAUGGCUGAUGUUCAACUUGAUUGUGCCUUGGAUUUAAUGAGGCGGCUUCCACCACAGGAAAUAGAAAAGAAUCUCAGUAACCUUAUCGACUUGGUUCCAGACCUAUGUGAGGACCUGCUCUCUUCUGUCGAUCAACCACUCAAGAUUGCUAAAGAUAAUACAUGUGGAAAAGAUUACUUGUUGUGUGAAUAUAACAGAGAUGCAGACUCAUACAGGUCUCCAUGGAGUAACGAAUAUGAUCCAAAACUAGAGAAUGGGGCUGUCCCCUCCCCAGCCCUCAGGAAACUCGAAGAGAAUGCAAACUCUGCCUUUGACACAUACAGAGAAUUGUACUUUGACGGUGGAGUAUCAUCAGUGUACUUCUGGGAUCUGGAUGACAAGAGCCAGGUCCAGCCCACCAAGUCCGAUGGUCUUCGUAACUUUGCUGGAGUUGUACUAAUCAAGAAAGCUGGCGAUGGUUCCAACAAAAUCAAGGGAUGUUGGGAUUCCAUUCAUGUUGUUGAAGUGAUGAUAAAAGCUCAGGGCAGGAAUGCACACUACAAGCUGACUUCAACAGUAAUGCUAUGGCUUCAGACGACCAAGAGCGGGUCAGGAACAGUCAAUCUCGGAGGAAGUCUGACAAGACAGACUGAGCAAGAUCAGCCACUUGGCAGCGGCAACUCACACAUAGGGAAUAUUGGCCGUAUGGUAGAGGAAAUGGAGAACAAGAUUAGGAACACACUGAACCAGAUAUACUUUGGAAAGACAAAGGAUAUCGUUAAUGGUUUAAGGUCAGUUCAAUCAGCAGCAGAUGCAGACAAACAGGCAAAACUUAAUAAAGAACUAUUCAAGGCGCUACAGGAGAGGAAUUAGUAACGGGGGGAAAGAGAGAGAGCGAGCGAAAGAGCGUCUGUGCACUUGUCUGUCUGUCUGUCCAGCAUGAUCAGCGUUUGGAACCGGUUGCCUGAAAAACACCCAGCCUUCCCCACUUCAAUCCACCCUCGUGUUUAGUACCUUACCGCACCCACAAUCCCUGUUUCUUUAUCAGUCAAGUCAUGUCCUCCAAAAGUUUUGUGUGCAGUAUCUUUGGGAUGCUGUGUCUUUACACUCAUGUAGUGGCAUGAUAUCAUACGUGUACAGAACUUGAACUAUGUGAUACAUAACAUGUGGGUUUGUUGUAAUACACGCACGCGUACUGUGAUUGCAGAAUUUUGAACUUUGAGUAACAGGACAUAUUGCCAUUUUGCAUUUAUAUUUAAACAGUACCUGAUUGACACACAAUUGAAAGCAUGUAAUCCAUUUUGUGUAGUUAUGACCUAUUGUCUGACGUGCAAAAUAGCUAUUUCAGGAUCUCAUAACUGUCAUAUCUCAUGCUUUGGUUUAAAAUUCUUGCAACGUAGGUCCUUAUGCAUCUCAUUUCAACCAUGACUUGUGCUUCCGUGUACUUUCAUUUCGGUCAAUCUACAUACUGCAGGUUUCCUACAAGAAGCUCGCAAGUACAUGUAUAUGUAUUAUCAAUUUAUUGAAUUCCUUCUUCAAGGAAGGCAAUGAUGGGUUUUACUCCAAAUUGUUGAUUAUAUGGGCUUACCGUGCUUGAGUAUCCAUUGCAUGUUUGGUCACAUGUAUUUUGUCUAGGUUCUUGUCUCCUGUAUUGUUUGUAAAAAUGUAUACUGUGCGUUUUCUACAUGCAUGUUUAAAUUCCAAAGUUCAAAUAUUCCAGUUGUCAUGAAUUAUUGAAAUUUCAGACUCUCCCUUGAUCCAUUAAAAAAAAAACAAUCGGGGGUCAUUUUAGAAAACAUUCUUUUGUCUUAAUUGUGAAAUUCAACCUAAGCUUUUACGUGCAAGGCAGCAAGCUGCGUCAGACCUACGUCGUAGAUGGCAUAGUUACUGGUGCAGCAUGGGGAUACAAAAGAAAAUUGGUUUCUUCCAUCAUCACACCGAUUGAAUCAACCUAAUCAAGGAUCAAUGAACCAAUGACCAUCCAAUAAUUGAUUUUGUAUAGAAUAAUUCACAAUUUUAACGUAAGGUAUUGAACGAAACUGAGGGUGGUUAGAUGAGCUGAUAUCCUAUUCACAGGCAUUUUCUUCUUGUUCUUUUAUAUGGCCUGAGCUGUUUCUAUUCUAUCUUAUUCCACAGAAGCACUAUCUAUUCCUACAAAAAAAAGGUUUUAAUAUUUAGGAUAUUGUAGAAAUGUAGAUAUAUCUCUCCCUCUAUUUCAUUGUUGUGUGAGACAUGUAUAGAUAUAAAAGUAUUAUGUAACGUCUGUGAAUAUUUUUCACAGUCAGUUUCAAGUUUAAAUUACACGAGACCUUCUAUGGUAUCUCGUAAAAGAAUUAUGUUCUGGUGUAAAUGUAGGCUAUUCUACCAAAUUGAUUAUUAUAUAAUGUUGGUAUUUUGCUAGCAAUUCAAAUCCAAUUGGCUUGUCUUGCCAGCAAGAUCAAGUCAUGUACAUGAAAAACACUAUAACAGUCUUGAUAUUGAUUGCAUUUGAGGUAACUAAUCAACUUGCACUAUUAGCAGGAAGUACAUGUAAUCAAAAGGGGUAUUAAUAUGAUACAGUAUGCACGUGAAAGGCUUCCCGUGAGAUGUAGUUAACCUUCGGUUAUAGGGACCAGGGGUAUGUUUCACGGGACUUCAAUGCGUGUAUGUGUAAAGUCUAAAUUCAUGGAAACUUCAUUGACUCAAACAUGUGUAUGAUACAUGUUUUGAUGUAUUAUCUACAAACUUGUCUAAUGAUUUUUUUGUGAAACCUGCCCCUGGUGAUCCUUGCAGUAAACCUAUGGCGAAUUCACUCACCAGUUGUCACCAAAUCUAGGUUAGGCAUUGAGCCCAUCUCGAUCUCUGAUUAAAUUGAGGGAUAGCCAUCUUCACCACUUUCCAAAUUCACAUUCCUGUUAUAGCGCACUGCUUUCUAAAUGUUCGCUGCCUUUGAUUGUUUAUCGUAUUUGUCGGUAUAUGUUCUAUUAUCCCAAUUGUGUGUUGACACAAACAUUUAUUUAAGAGCAUGCCAUGCUACAUGCGUAUGUGUGCAUGUACUGGUUCAUUUGUACUUCUGAACACACCUAUCCAAUAUGAAUGCAAGGUUUCACUUUUUACAUUUCGUGUUCAUUCUAAAGAUUUAUGGGAAGUAUUUCGAGGUAUCGAAAAAUGUCUCGUGUGCAUUAUACUACUGUGUCUGUUAACCCAUUGCCCAGUAGAAACGGGUGAUCCCUGUACAAAACGUAUAGGGCUCUAAAAAUUCAGUAGGAAGUGGCUUAACAUGAGUUGUAGCAUUAAUAAUCUAGAAUCCUUUUGAUUGAAAACAUGUAAUUACAAAAUAUUAGUGUUUAAAAAUGAAUAAUGCAAAUAAUGCACAGGAGUUUGUGGGGGUAUAAUAAAAAAAAGUACAUGAGCAUGCUCUGGUUUGUAGCAUAUUUUUUGUUAUUCAUAGAAAUCUGAAUAAAUAAUGCAAAUAAUGCACAGGAGUUUGUGGGGGUAUAAUAAAAAAAGUACAUGAGCAUGCUUUGGUUUGUAGCAUGUUUUUUUGUUAUUCAUAGAAAUCUGAAUAAAUAAUGCAAAUAAUGCACAGGAAAUUGUGGGGUAUAAUAAAAAAAGUACAUGAGCAUGCUCUGGUUUGUAGCAUGUUUUGUUGUUAUUCAUAGAAAUCUGAAUAAAUAAUGCAAAUAAUGCACAGGAAAUUGUGGGGUAUAAUAAAAAAGUACAUGAGCAUGCUCUGGUUUGUAGCAUAUUUUUUUGUUAUUCAUAGAAAUCUGAUACCCAUUGAUCUAGUACAUGCAUGACUUGUGGGGAGGGGGUGAUUUCAUAUAGCAUCUUGUUGGUGACUUUCUCUAAGAACUGUUAUAAGCUACUUAAAUCAUUGCAUCUGAUUGGCUGAGACCAAAUUUGUCAGUGAUUUUCAUUGAAAGAUGUUCCAUGGAACCACCCCCUCCCUUCUCACCAGAAUGGAUUAGACAUCAUUGCAAGUAACUUGCAAUCAAUUACAAGUCAAAUUUAAAUCACAGAAUCAAUCAUAAGUUUUGCAAUUAGUUGCAAGUUCCACCUCCUUGCAAAGGAAAAUAAUAAUUGAUUCACAAAUGUUACAGUUGAUCUGGCAGUUGCAAACUCGAAGAUAACUUUCUUGCGGUAUCCUCAUAGACAGAUACAAACCAAACGGCUGUACCGUUUGUGCAUGAUGAUCCGAAAGCUAAAAGUAGGGCAUCAAGAUCUAAACCUCAGUUUGAAAAUAACUUUAUUUUGGUCAAAUUAUCUUUUUCUGCCGAGUAUGUGACAGACCAUGGAAUCUUGAAAAUUUGGACUUGGUGUGAGAUGUGUUCCAAAGGUCGCGUUUAAAUAUUCAACAAAAUUUGUUGUAUGAAGCAUGUAUUGCCAUGUAUGUUGUUAAGUUACAGCCUUUCAAAGGCUGUUUGCUCUACUCAGAUUUCUUUAUUUGUGCUAAAAUGUCACACUUUUAUUUCUUUUGCAAAAUGUAUUUAUUCAGAAGGUACACCAGAAUAUGGGUAACUUGUUUCAUGUUUUAGUUUAAUUUCCCCUCGCAAUUCAUUUGAAAUAAAUCAAUGGGUAUCUUCAAUUUCUUAAAUAAGUUUUAGGACAUUUAUUCAAAUAAGGGUUAUAUAAACAUGUAUCCAGUAAUCUUCCCCAAUCUUUGCUAGCAAAGUUUAGUCAUGUGUUUGGACCUAGUUAUGAUGAUUACCUUAAUUUACAUUUAUGUAGUUUCAUUAAAUUUACCAUUAUUUCUAAAAUAUAAUGCCCUACAUUUUCAGGGCCUGUUACGCCUGAUAUGAAAGUUCAUACAUACAACAUGAUUGGGGCAAUUUUCCAGUCAGUGAAAAUCGACACACUUGUAUCUAACUAUAAAAGCAUUGUAAUAGGGAAAAUAUGUUUUCCAAUGUAUUUAAGCAAACAUUUAUCCUCUAUAGUAUUAUGGUGUUAGAUCAUCUUGGUAAAAUGUUCCAUAUUUUUUUUUUGUUUUUACACGAUUUUUGUCGCAUGUACUAAUAGCUUGCCAUUCAUAUGAAGCUAUCUGUUUUGAAGAAUUUAAUUUUGAUCUAACUCGCUCCUUUAAAAAGUGAUAGUGUAAUACUUAUUUUUGUAAUGAACUAAUCGAUGGUUUGAUCAAGUCAUUCUAACCUCAACUCCAUUUGAAUAAUUUGUUUUCUGUUGAAAUAGAAAUAAGGGACCUAAAAUUUUAUUUUCUUUUUGUAGCAGUUUUCAUAUUUCAUUAUUAGGCAUGCAGUUGAGUGAGAUUUAUAUCCCACUAUCUGCAUAAUGUAUAGAAUUUAUGGUAAUGCGCAUAUAUGAUAGAUUGUAUAUAUUUCAUUAAAGAAAUCAGCUAAAGCUUUUUUUAUAUGAUUAAAUCAAGAUUAUUCUUUUUCUCAAGUCAAAUUUAUUUUGUAACAUCAGUGCAACAUGUUUUUAUCAGCAGUGCAUUGAUUUGUUGCUAUUCUUUAUUGGUAAUAAUAAAAGAAAUUCACACAGAGUAAU